AUGGCGCUGGGAGGGAGCGGCGGCGGCGGCGGUUCCGGGUUCCUCUCCCGGGCCCGGGCGGCGUCGGGCGGGCUCCUCCUGGCCCUCCUGGCCGGCCUGCUCUCGGUGGGGCCCGCGCAGGCCCGGCUCCACCAUCUCAGUCUCAAGGAUGACCUGCGGCAGAAAGUCCACCUCAACACCUUUGGCUUCUUCCAGGAUGGAUUCAUGCGGGUCAUCAUCAACAACCUCUCCAUCAAGUCAGUGGGGGAGAGUGACAAAAACAUUCAGGUGGGCUUCAGUAUAGAUCGAACACAGAAUGAUGGAUUUUCCACUAACCUGAACGAAGAAGUGGAUUAUUGCAUCUUGAAUCAAAAGCCGAGCCGUGAGAUCUUGGUCAUCAUUCUUCUCCUGGAUUUCUCAGAGAAGCUGGUCAAAGUCAAGUUUGAAAACAAAACCCCACAGUUGCCUGAAAUCAGCUUCAGCGAAUCCCAAGAAACCGGUCUUCCAGGAAUCACUGAUAAAUCUGAACCAAAACAGUCACUUAAGGACAAUACGACGGAGGUUCAGGAUGACCUGCGGCAGAAAGUCCACCUCAACACCUUUGGCUUCUUCCAGGAUGGAUUCAUGCGGGUCAUCAUCAACAACCUCUCCAUCAAGUCAGUGGGGGAGAGUGACAAAAACAUUCAGGUGGGCUUCAGUAUAGAUCGAACACAGAAUGAUGGAUUUUCCACUAACCUGAACGAAGAAGUGGAUUAUUGCAUCUUGAAUCAAAAGCCGAGCCGUGAGGUCUUGGUCAUCAUUCUUCUCCUGGAUUUCUCAGAGAAGCUGGUCAAAGUCAAGUUUGAAAACAAAACCCCACAGUUACCUGAAAUCAUCUUCAGCGAAUCCCAAGCAACCGGUCUUCCAGGAAUCACUGAUAAAUCUGAACCAAAACAGUCACUUAAGGACAAUACGACGGAGGUUCAGGUGCUUGCUGAGCGAACGCACCCAAUCCAAAGCGGGAACAAUAGUUUUUCAUUCCAGUUCAGCAUCAAUUCAAAGGAACAAGAAGGACUUUAUAGUCUUUAUUUUCACAAGUGCAUACUGGGAAAUGUGAGGACUGAACAGGUCCCCUUCAGCCUGGACAUCUCAAUCAUUGAGCAAAAUCCAAACAGCUACCUCUCUGCUGGAGAAAUCCCACUUCCCAAGCUGUACAUUUCCAUGGCGGUUUUCUUCUUUGUCGCUGGGGUUGUGUGGAUCCACACCCUUCGGAAACUCAGGGCCGACGUUUUCAAGAUCCAUUGGUUAAUGGCUUCGCUUCCUUUCACCAAGUCCCUUUCUUUAGUCUUCCACGCCAUCGAUUACCACUAUAUCUCCACACAGGGCUACCCCAUUGAGGGCUGGGCUGUUGUCUAUUAUAUCACACACCUGUUAAAGGGCGCUCUGCUGUUCAUCACCAUUGCUCUCAUUGGCACCGGCUGGGCUUUUAUUAAGCACAUCCUCUCCGAUAAGGACAAGAAGAUUUUCAUGAUCGUCAUCCCGUUGCAGGAGUUUCCCGUAGUAUGGUUGAUCCGACACUUACAAGAAGCUUCUGCAACUGAUGGCAAAGCAGCUGCCAUUAACUUAGCAAAAUUGAAGCUCUUCAGACACUACUAUGUCAUGAUCGUGUGCUAUAUUUACUUCACCCGAAUCAUCGCCAUCCUCAUCAAGAUUGCGGUUCCGUUCCAGUGGAAGUGGCUUUACAAGCUGUUGGAUGAAAUGGCGACUUUGGUGUUCUUUGUCCUCACUGGCUAUAAGUUCAGGCCGGCCUCCGACAACCCUUAUCUGCAGCUCUCUCAGGAAGACGACAGUUUCGACAUGGAAUCUGUGGUGACCACCUCGGGCGUCAUGGAGGGUAUGAAGAAAGUCAAGAAGACCGCCAACGGCUCAGCGGAGUCCCACGGCGAGAGAGAGAGCGCUGCGUGACGCUCUCCGCCUUUUCCUCCUCUCCUCCUCAACACACUCCUCCCGUCUUCCUCCCCCUCCCGUAGGACAAGGCGGCACUUUCCAGCGAACUGUAAUUUAUUGAUCCUUCGCUUCCCUCCCUCCAAGGCACAGAAGCAAAGGGACGACCUUCCCAGUGUAAAAAGAGAAAGAAAAACAAAACACAAAACACCACACACACACACACAC